AUGGGACGACCACAUUUAACCUCCAUCACUUUCUCAAAGUAAAUAAACAGUAAGCAUUCCUGUUCACAUAAUAGCAUUCCUUUUCCCCAUAAAAAUUGCAUCAGUUGCAUUCUCAAAUUGCUCUGUGUUAGGGGAGGCUAAUCUCCCACCUGGGGCCCUUAUUGGGACCACCUAAGCGUUUUUCUGUGUCCCCAAAAACUACUCACCCGCCCCAAGUUUGAUAGCAGCAGCAAAAAAAAAAUUUAAAUACAAAGUAGACUUCUGGUGUCACCACACAUAAAGCUCUGAUUCUUCCUGGGCUCAUUAAAAAAUAAAGUUAACCACCCUUGCUUUCUAUAGCGUCUGAACCUUCAAUCCAAAGUACAGCUUUCCUCCUGAACAGUCAUAUUUACAUCAAGAAUGGGUAUAGGUGUGUGUUGUGUGUACGUAUAUAUAUUGAGCACACACACAUUUUUGUUGUGAUUAUAAUUUGUUACCUACCUUCACCCGAAUGAUGUCCCAGGGUGGGUUACAGCAAAACUAUUGACAUAAUAAUAAUAAUAAUAAUAAUAAUAAUAAUAAUAUAUUUCUACUCCGCCCAUCCAUCUGGGUCUCCCCAGCCACUCUGGGCGGCUUCCAGCAGAAGGUUAAAAAUACAUUAAAACAUCAGUUAUUAAAAACUUCCCUAAACAGGGCUGCCUUCAGAUGUCUUCUAAAUGUCAGAUAGCUGCUUAUUUCCUUGACAUCUGAUGGUAGGGUGUUCCACAGGGAGGGUGCCAUUACCAGGAAGGCCCUCUGCCUAGUUCCCUGUAACUUCGCUUCUCACAAUGAGGGAACCGCCAGAAGGCCCUCGGCGCUGGACCUCAGUGUCCGGGCAGAGUGUGAGGGUGGAGACGCUCCUUCAGGUAUACAGGACCGAGGCAGUUUAGGGCUUUAAAGGUCAGCACCAACACUUUGAAUUGUGCUCGGAAACGUACUGCGAGUAUUGAAAACAGUUUAAAACAACUUAAUAUUUCAGAAAUAAGGUGGGUCCUUAAAAAUAAUGAGUUGUGGGUACUUCGUACAAAUUCUUUUGUUGGUGUAAUGUAUUUCUGGCCAUGUUUUCUAAGUGUGUUGUCAGUUGCUUGGAGACAUUUGCAUAACAAAGAACUAAGAAGUCUUAACAUGGUCAGAGUGCUGGAAGGGGCCCCCAAAUGUCAUGUAGACCAACCCACUGCAAUGUAGGAAUCUCAGCUAAAGCAUCCAUGGCAGAUGGCCGUCCAACCUCUGCUUAAAAACCUCCAAGGACAGAGAGUCCACAACUUCCACUGUCAAACAGCUCUUACUGUCAGAAAGUUAUUCCGUAUGUUUAGUCUGUUAAUAAGAAUAGCUAUAUCCUUGCAAUUAUUGGUUUUCUGUGGAGGGCUGUGUACAUAUUGGUUACCAGUCUUUUUCUGAGCUCAGUUCAAAGUGUUGAGUUUUGGCCGUUAAAGCCAGGAUGUGACCAGAGUACCUUGCAAAUCGUCUCACUACCCUCUCCUCAUUCCCCAAUGAUCCUGAGAUGGUACACCUUUUUAUUGCACAGCAGAAGGCAAAAUAUAUGUUCUGUGUUGCUCCGGAGUGACCGUGAGUUACAGGAAGGUGGGUGUCAGUUGUGUACAGUGGUGGAACACAUGACCUGCAAGGUCCUCUUGAGUCUUUAAUUUUAUGGUGAGAGCAGACUAAAGGUUUCUCUAGUCCAGCAACAUCUCCACAGAUUCUAUAUUGCUGUGGGAAGUCUAGCCUAAUUAAUCGCUCUCUUAACAGUAAACUCUGCCUUCUGCAUGUGGUGGUUUCCUUGUUACCCAGAACCAAGCUACAUUGUUGACAUACGAGAGGCCUCCAUCAGUAUUGGCAUUCUGCCGGUUCUUAAAGGACCCAUGUUUAGAUGAGCGUUCCGCCCGUUCUCUUAACUUUAACUCCCUGUUGUGAAUGUUUAAAUUGCUGCUUUAACAGAGUGCAUUGCAGUAAAUCCAAUCUUGAAUGUAAAUUAAAUAAUAAUAAUAAUAAUAAUAAGAAUAAUAAGAAUUUAUUAUUUAUACCCCGCCAUCUGGCCGAGUUUCCCCAGCCACUCUGGGCAGCUCCCAAUCAAAUGUUAAAAACAGUACAGCAUUAAAUAUUAAAAACUUCCCUGAACAGGGCUGCCUUCAGAUGUCUUUUAAAGAUAGGAUAGCUGCUUAUUUCCUUCACAUCUGAAGGGAGGGUGUUCCACAGCGUGGGCGCCACUACCGAGAAGGCCCUCUGUCUAGUUCCCUGUAAUCUCACUUCUCACAAUGAGGGAACCGCCAGAAGGCCCUCGGCGCUGGAUCUCAGUGUCCGGGCUGAACGAUGGGGGUGGAGACGCUCCUUCAGGUAUACAGGACCGAGGCCGUUUAGGGCUUUAAAGGUCAGCACCAACACUUUGAAUUGUGCUCAGAAACGUACUGGGAACCAGUGUAGGUCUUUCAAGACCGGUGUUAUGCGGUCUCGGCAGCCACUCCCAGUCACCAGUCUAGCUGCCGCAUUCUGGAUUAAUUGCAGCUUCCGGGUCACCUUCAAAGGUAGCCCCAUGUAGAGUGCAUUGCAGUAGUCCAAGCGGAAGAUAACUAGAACAUGCACCACUCUGGCGAGACAGUCCGCAGGCAGGUAGGGUCUUAGCCUGCGUACCAGGUGGAGCUGGUAGACAGCCGCCCUGGACACAGAAUUAACCUGUGCCUCCAUGGACAGCUGUGAGUCCAAAAUGACUCUGAGGCUGCGCACCUGGCCCUUCAGGGGCACAGUUACCCCAUUCAGGACCAGGGAAUCCCCCACACCAGCCUGUCCCCUGUCCCCCAAAAACAGUACUUCUGUCUUGUCAGGAUUCAACCUCAAUCCGUUAGCUGCCAUCCAUUCUCCAACCGCCUCCAGACACUCACACAGGACCUUCACCGCCUUCACUGGUUCUGAUUUAAAGGAGAGGUAGAGCUGGGUGUCAUCUGCAUACUGAUGAUAUUGAUAAUAUUGGCGGUGGUGAUUUUUUUGCAGCUCCAGUUUCCCAUUUAUAUUUUGCUUUUGCUUUUUUUGUGUGUGGCUUGUUUGCAACAGCAAAGAAACCUUUGUCUGCAUUGGGCUCCACGAAGGUGACCCCACCUGGAAGAAAAGCCACUCCCUUUGGCCGUGGGGCUCUUGUGAGAAGCUGGUGCCUUCGGAAACUCCCUUCGACCCCAGAGAGUGGAUUGAGAGAACCAGAAACCUCUAUAACUGGAGCGAGGAAUAUGGGAGGUGAGAACAGCAGAACUGGUGGCUGGGUUUGAAAGUUCGCAAACCUGGAUGAGGAACUUGGGUGCAGUUACAUCUGGCCUAGUUGCCCCCAAUCUUCCUUGGCAACCUUAGCUCUUGAGCCAUGGUGUUGGCCUCAGAAAUGGGGGGUGGGGUGGCUUAUGUUUGGUUUGCAAGCACCCUCCAUAGAGGCUGGCCCCUCUCACUGUCCUCGGAGCUUUCCUCUGGCUGACUUCCCGGACAGACCAGGGAGAUUUUGAUAGGCGACAUUUCCCCAAGCGUGGGUAAAAUGCACAACCCCUCCCUCCUGCUUCCGCAGGGGAAAGAAAAUAAGUCAGAAAUCUAUUUACAUGAUGUUUAUUUCUGACAUUACAGCACUAGAGAAAAACACGUCCUUUCAGUUCAGUUCUUCUGGCACGUCUGACAAACUUCCUGAGCAUGUGCAGUCGGAAGGUUUCAAGUUACACUCUUCACAAAGACUUAUCCAGCCUGUGAACGUUCUGGGAAAUUCUUCUUUCCCACAGAUAGGCACAUCAUGUGAUGUCAACAAUCUGGGUGUCUGCAGCUGUGAUAUUUCCAUAUACUGACAUCCUCCCCCAUAUGAAUCAUCGUUAGCUGCGGACAAAGCUUGAUCCAGAGAAGAAAACAAACAGUUGUUAUACAUGUAACAAUCCCCUGUUGUUUCAGUUCUACCCUUGGAACUACCCGCCACUGGUUUCACCAAUGUAACUCUCUGGUUAUCUGUUUUCCAAGGAACGAGUGCUUCUGCAUUACCUUGGUUAGGGAAUGUUGUGUUACGUUUAGCAACUCCCUGUUGUGUCUUUGUCUCUGACUUAGACAUACCCGUAACCUGGCUUGAGUUGUCAACAAUAGCAAUACAUGCAACAGCUGAACUAGCAAACUCUUGAGAAUAUCUCUUUGGUGGUACGCCCAUUGUGAGUCUCUCAGACCUGCGUAUGAGGUGCUGAUCCUCCUUGUUGACUGGUUCAGUCUCAGGACUUUUCGGAGAACCAGUUCCAAUAGUAAACAAUGGUUCAUCCUUAACCUGUGAAGAUCUAGUCAUCGUGUGUGAACCUUUCUCAAUGACUGUGUCAACAGAACUCUCUGAGCUUUCUGUGUCACUUUCAGUACCACUAUAAUCAGAAUAAUCAAAUUCAUCAUCUGAAUUGUCAUCAGAAGUGGGAAAUGUGUGAAAAAUUACUCUCUCCUGUUCAGGAGCACUCUCUAGAAAUUUUGUGAGAAUCACCUGACCAGAUUCAGACAAAAUUACUCUGUAGAGACCCUUUUCAUAACCCACAAAAAUGCUUCUUGCAUUCUUAAUUCCAUAUGGAGCUUCAGUCCUGAUUUGAGAUCCAAAAACCUUAAAAUGUGCUAGAGAAGGUUUUCUGUGGAACAGCCUCUCAAAAGGAGAACAUUCCAUACCUUUUGAAACCUUUCUCACCCAAGUGUAACAAAAACAUGAUAAAGAUUCAGCCCAAAACUCAUGUGGCAAGUGUGAACUCAGCAAUUGUGCCUUCAUGCCAUUCUGCCAUUCUUUGUUCACUUUUACACAAACAGUUUUGUUCCAUGCAGCUUCCGAAACAGCAACCUUGUGCUCUAUCCCUUGCUUCUCAAGGAAAUCCUGAAAAUCCUGUGAAAGAAAAAUUGGCUUCUCAUCUGUGAAAAGAAAAUCAAUUUUAGCAUCAUGAAUAUUCUUAACCUUAUCACAAAACUCCUUAAACCUUUCUAAGGUUUCUCUGGGACUCUGCAAAAUGUAAAUCCAUACAUAUUGAGAAAAAUGAUCAACACAUAUAAGAUAGUAUUUUGCAUUGCCUCUAGAAGGUGCUAGAGGACCAAUUACAUCAGCAUACACUCGCUGAAAAACACUGUUAAUCUUUGUUGCCUUUCCUCUCGUGUCUUCUUUCGAGAUACCCGCAAGAGAAAGCAUUUUAGAUUCAGAUGCAUUACAAUUUAUGCAAUCACUUUGAUCAAAAGUCAACAAAUACAGUCCAUCUUUCUCUCUGGCAGAAAGAUACAGCUCUCCACCUUUGAAGAUUUUGCAGCUUUCUCUAUCAUAGGACAAAAUCAGUCCUAUGAUCUACGAAACACUCAGCAGAUUGAACUUUAAAUCAGGAACCAAGUACACAUUGUAAAUAGUCAAGUUCAGACUUUCAAGAUACACAGUUCCAAACCCGGUCGCUUUCAGCUCCUGGCCAUUGGCCUGUUUCACAGUGAAGCGCUGCUUCUUAAACGUAGAAAACAGUUCUCGGCACGACGUCAUGUGUUGCGUGCAGCCCGUGUCCAAAACAAAAGCGUUUUCCACUUCUGGUGUGGCUUUUAGUGACAUCAAAGCCAUAGCUGGUUCCACCUGGGACUUAGUAUGAGUCUUGCCUGAUGCCUCAGGCUUUGCAGAGCUCCCCUUAGCUCCUUUCUGCUGACGUGGCCUCUUACAGUCCCUCUGUAGAUGCCCAGGCUGGCCACAAGUGCAACAACAAACAACAUUCAGAGCUUCAGCUUGCUCUUCUCUUGCAAUAGCAGUGGGGGCGCUACAACUCCGAGCCGCACUCCCCCUGUCAGCAACAUCCGUUGCAGCAAGAACAGGAACAUCAACAGCAACAGCAGCAACAGUUCCUUCACUCCCCCUUUUGGGGUCAAAGCUCUCUUCAGCUUUCAAUGAGCUUCCAAGAAUCUGGCUAUUGCUUUCUUGGCUCUCUCUGGUGGUGCAGUCAACUCUUGGCCCUUGCUUCCCAUCCCAGCUACACAAGCUUCCCGGAGGGAUUGCCAAGCGAUUUGUGGCUCUUCAGCACCCAACAGAAUUGGCUCAAGAUAAGCUUCCACAUUCUCCGCCAGAAUUCUGAUCAAACGCUGCUUAAGCUCAUUUUGAACUUCAGCCUUUCUCCCCUGUGCAUGUACAGCAACAGGCUGUGGGGUUUGUACUAAGUCCCAUAAUUGCUCUCCCACCAGCAAGAAUUCCAUUGCAAAUGACCAUUCUAGCCAGUUUUGGCUAUUCAGUUUCUGAGAGAACAGAGCCAUCUUUAAUCCCAAGCUGCAGCUUCAGCUACAAGCUGGAAAAUCCAAAAGUCUAUGUCCUGUUUAAUAAUAAUAAUAAUAAUAAUAAUUUUUAUUUAUACCCCGCCCUCCCCAGCCUCAGAGCGGCUUACAAGCAAUAAUAAAAACAAGUUAAAUGAUUACAACUUAAAAACAAAAUUAAAAAUACAACAUUAAAAUAUUGAAACAUUAAAAUUUUUAAAUGUAGCCUCAUCGCAGGAGGAGAAGGAAAAGAAAAAAGAAAGAGGGAGGGAAUCAAAUUGGCUCCAAGCCAAAGGCCAGGCGGAACAACUCUGUCUUACAGGCCCUGCGGAAAGAAAUCAGAUCCUGCAGGGCCCUGGUCUCAUGAGGCAGAGCGUUCCACCAGACCGGAGCCAGAGUUGAAAAGGCCCUGGCUCUGGUUGAAGCCAAUCUAACUUCCUUAGGGCCCGGGACCACUAGGGUGUUGCUAUUUAUGGACCUUGAGGCUCUCCAUGGGGCAUACCGGGAGAGGCGGUCCGGUAGGUACGAGGGUCCUAGGGCGUGAAGGGCUUUAAAGGUCAAAAGCAGCACCUUAAAUCUGAUCCUGUGCUCCACCGGGAGCCAGUGCAGCUUGAAAAGCACUAGGUGAAUAUGCUCCCAUGGCAGAGACCCCGUGAGGAGCCUUGCUGCAGCAUUCAGCACCCGCUGGAGUUUCUGGGACAGCUUCAAGGGCAGCCCUGCGUAGAGCGAAUUACAGUAGUCAAGCCUGGAGAUGACCGUUGCAUGGAUCACUGUGGCCAGGUCGGGGCGGGAAAGGUAAGGGACCAACUGCUUGAUGCGGCAAAGGUGGAAAAAUGUCGCCUUGGCUGUUGCUGUAACUUGCGCCUCCAUGGAAAGGGAGGCGUCAAGGAUUACACCCAAACUCUUAACGGAAGGCAAUGGCACUAAUUGGGCCCCCACAAGAGAAGGGAGUUGGUCCCUCAUCCCCAUGCCAUCCUGACCUAGCCAUAGGACCUCUGUCUUUGAAGGAUUUAGUUUCAAUCGGCUCCCACGAAACCAUCCAGCUACAGCUUCCAAGCAUCUGGUCAGUGUGUUCGGGGCCGAGUCGGUGUGGCCAUCCAUCAGCAGAUAGAGCUGAGUGUCAUCAGCAUAUUGGUGACAACCCAGCCCAAAGCUCCGGAUAAUCUGGGCAAGGGGGCGCAUAAAGAUGUUAAAAAGCAUUGGGGAGAGGAUUGCGCCCUGCGGCACUCCACACACCAAGGAGUGGCGCGACGACAUUUCCCUCCCUAGUGCCACCCUCUGUCCCCGACCAGAGAUAAAAGAGCACAGCCAGUUACGGGCUAUGCCCUGUAUCCCCACGUCUGCAAGGCGGUGGUCCAGAAGAUCAUGAUCGACCAUGUCAAAGGCUGCUGACAAAUCUAAAAGGAUCACCAGUCCUGACCCGCCUCGAUCCAGCUGUCUACGGAGAUCGUCUGUUAGGGCAACCAGAGCCGUCUCGGUCCCAAAACCAGGACGGAAACCGGACUGAAAUGGAUCUAAAGCCGAUGUUUCCUCCAGAAACCUACCAAGCUGUUCAGCAACCGCUCUCUCAAUUACCUUACCCAGAUAUGGAAGAUUUGAAACUGGGCGGUAAUUGGAUAGGUCUAAGGGAUCUAAUGAAGUUUUCUUUAAGAGUGGACAUACCACUGCUUCCUUCUGUCUACCUGGGAAUGUCCCCGUGUCAAGGGACAAAUUGAUAAUUUCAACCAGGGGGGUCCGUGCAACAUCUGGACACUCCCUAAUCAGCCAAGACGGGCACGGAUCAAGGAGGCAGGUGGUGGGCCUACCAACUUGGAGGAAUCUAUCCACAUCAGCAGGGAGUAUUCGAUCGAAAUGGUCCAACACUGGACCUGAAGUCAGUCAAGGGGCCUCCAGUUCAGUCACUGUAUCUAAAUUGGCAGGGAGGUCAUGGCGGAGCAACAGGACUUUCUCCGCAAAAAAGCUCACGAAUGCCUCACAGCUGUGGGUCGAAUUUGUGCUUAAAUUUGGUUGUCCUCCUAAGGACGUUAUUGAUCUAAUUAUUCUAAAAAGUUGUGCCGGGCGACAGCUAGCGGAUGCAAUGGAAGCUGCAAAGUAAGAUUUCUUAGCAGCUUUCAUAGCCAUCUCAUAGGCUUUCAUAAGCGUCCUAUAAGAUGUUCUUGAGGCUCCGUCACGAGUCCGUCGCCAUACUCGCUCUAGCCGUCUGAGAUCCCGCUUCAUUUUCCAGAGCAACUAAAUAAGAAUUAGAGGGAGGGGUGUUUUUUUGUCCCGUGUUGCUCUUUGCUCUUCCAUCAUAACAGAAUGCUUUGCAGAAUGAGACAUGGUGUGCAAAUGCGCUCGACAUCCCACAGUUCAGGCGCCCCACAGAAUUCUGCUGUCCCCGACGCAGAAUGUCUUUGAGCGCCAAAUUCCAGUGUUUGUACAGCGUGACCCUGUUUAAUAUUCUCAGUCUCUCUGUGACCUUUUCAUGUCUGAUGAUCCAGUUAAUCAGCUCCUGUUGUUCACUUCUUAAAGGUUCGAUUCAUCCUCAUGGGAGUUGGUGGCAAACGAAGAGAUGUGGCAAGCCAGGUGAGGGCCCCCAAUCCACCCACCCCCCACAUUUCCCCUUCUGAAUGGGUUUUAAAGGAAGGGAGACACCAUGGUGUCCACACGGGCCUUCAUUUGGGAAACGACUACAGUGGUGCCUCGCAAGACGAAAUUAAUCCGUUCCGCGAGUCUCUUUGUCUUGCGGUUUUUUCGUCUUGCGAAGCACGGCUAUUAGCGGCUUAGCGGCUAUUAACAGCUUAGCGGCUUAGCGGCUAUUAACAGCUUAGCGGCUUUAAGAAAAAGGAAACAAACUCGCAAGAACUCGAAACGUCUUGUGAAGCAAGCCCAUAGGGAAAUUCGUCUUGCGGAACGACUCAAAAAACGCAAAACCCUUUCGUCUAGCGAGUUUUUUGUCUUGUGGGGCACCACUGUAUCUUCUUCUUCUUCUUCUUUGGCGAUCCCUCAUAGCCGAGUAAGAUUGUCUUCCAAAACAGGGUUUUAGCAUUGAGUCCGUAAGUGACCAUGGAGGCCAAUUCUGGAUCCACACGUCCUUCCACAGUGGGGACAUGGGUUUCCAGGUGGGAGUUGAUCACGGUGUGGAUUUGCCAAGCGUAUCUUCCUCCUAGCAUGUUUCUCCCUUGCGUCCUGAGUUCGAGCGUCUUCAAAGUCCAUGACACCUUUGGCGAAGGCUGUUCUCCAAUUACAGCAAUUGCAGGCCAGUGUUUCCCAGUUGUCAGUGCUUAUACUACAUUUUUUUUAGAUUAGAGUUUUAAACCUCUUUUGUUGACCACCAGCAUUACGCUUUCCAUUUUUAAGUAGUUUUUAAGUAGUCCAUUUUUAAGUAGAGUACAGUGGACGCGCGGGUUGCGAACGUGAUCCGUGCUGGAUGCACGUUCACAACCUGCAGCAUUCGCAACCUGCAGCAGCGUGUCUGCGCACGCGCGGGUUGUGAUUUAGCGCUUCUGUGCGUGCGUGACCCCUGAAACCCAGAAGUAACCCGUUCUGGUAUUUCCAGGUUUCGGUGGGUCCGUAACUUGAAAAAAUGCAUCCUGAAGUGUCUGUAACCCGAGGUAUGACUGUAGUUGCUUUGGAAGACGAUAAUCAGGCAUCCGAACAACAUGACCAGUCCAAUGAAGUUGAUGUUGAAGAAUCGCUAUAGCUCAGUGGCAGAGCCCCUGCUUUGAAUGCAGAAGGUCUUUGAUUCAGUCCCUGAUAGCAUCUCUAGGUAGGACUGAGAGUGCCCCUUCCUGAAACCCCCCAAGAACCACCACGAAUCAGCGACCCUGAGCUCAAUUGAGCAAUGGCCCAACACAGUGUAAGGUUGCUUCCUUUAAGGAGAGGGCCAUGGCUCAGUGGUGGAGCACACAGAAGGUUCCAGCUUCGAUCCUAUGCAUCUCCAGAUCCCCUGUCCUGAAACUCUGGAGAGCUGCUGCCGUUCAGUGUGGACCAUACUGAGCUAGAUGGGCCAAUGGUCCAGCCAUAAGGCAGCUUCCUACCUUCCUGUGAUAAUUGCGCCAGAAGCUGCAGCAGUAAAACUGCUUUCGUGUUUGCAAAGCUAAGCAGUGUCCCGUAUGGUUUCAAAUUGGGUGGGGGAACUCAGUGAUGAGAUUCCAGCAAUGCAGGGGUUGGACUAGAUGACCCUGGGGGUCCCCUCCAACUCCGCAGUUCUGUAAUUAAUAAGCAGGUGACACAAUGAAGGCAUUGGAGAAAUAUAGGAAGCAGCAUUUGGUGACCUGCAGUCAAAUGCAAAUAGUGUCUGCGUGAACCUUUGUGAAUGCAAAUAAUUUCAAGCAGUGUUUCUCAACCUUGGGUCUCCAGCUGUUUUUGGACUACAACUCCCAUCAUCCCUGACCACUGGUCCUGCUAGCUAGGGAUGAUGGGAGUUGUAGUCCAACACCGUCAAGUAGAGGAAGGCUGCUUGGAAGCCUCCUUAGCUUAGCCCCAACCCAGCAAUAAUACAGCAAUACAACUGCUAGCCUGUUUGCAAAGCUAAGCAGGGUCCUGUACGGUUUCAAACUGGAUGGGGCCCCCUGCAUGUUGAGGUUCCAGCAUUGCAGUGGGUUGGACUAGAUGACCCUGGAGUUCCCUUCCAACUCUAGAAUUUUAUUAUUCUAUACUGCCGCCAUCUUGGGCACCACACCUCUGGCAUAGUUUCUCUGGCUCCGUGUCCUCAGCCCACCCUGGUUCAGGGGCACCAGCUGGUAUUUAAAGAACCCUUAACCCUGACAGUAAUGUGCUUCGGUUAGAAUUCCUGCUCUGUGAUUGCAGUCAUGGGAUUAUUGUCUAUCACAUGACGGUUUAUGUUUUGACUCCACAGAGUGGGAAGUGAUGGAGACAGGAUGUUUGUGUUACUGUGUUCCAUGUAGUGGGACUAUUGUCCUUUGUUCUUUUUCUCUUUGCUGUCUGAUGCUAGAGAGAGAGGGAGCCCUGUUGCAGUGCUCCGUGUGUGUUUAUAGGUAAAUAAAGUAGAUUAGUCAAAAUGCUGAGUUGCUGAGGUCUGUUACGCAUGAUGCGCAAACUCUGCGGAUCCCUGAGUGUGCCAGUGUCAGUUGGCAUCGGUCGCUGUGACGUUCGGGCAGAAGAAAGCUUUUGAAGCUCCCGAACGAUCGACCAGGAGGGAGAGAACGUGCCAGUCGGGCAUGUGUCUCUGCCAGGGUCCUACUCGAGUGUAGGCUGAGCUCCUAACAGCUUCCACUUUUUUGCAGGAUGAAGACAGCCUUCUUCAUUUUUGACCUAGCGGAAACGGCUCGUGUGUCUACGGAUGUGAAAGCCCAGCUUUAUACAUACUCUUACAAGGUAGGUACCUUGUAUUCUUUAACUUAAAGAAGCAGAGAGGAAGGCUUAGUGUGUAUGAUGGAGUGCUGUCCUGCUUUCUGACCUGGAUCCCCAAGGAAACUUCCAUUCUUCGCUCCCUUCCCUACCAUCUUCCUUUCCAAAGCUCUCUCAUUUCCCUUCCUUUUCGCUCUGCUGGACCAGUCUUCCUGUGGCAUCACAGCACCACAGCCAAUUACUGCCUGAGGCUUUGUCAGCUGCAGGCACAAAACCUCAAAGGUUUCAAUCCUGUGCACACUUACCUGGGAGUAAGUCCUGUUGAAUUCAGCGGGACUUCCCUCUUCAUAGAUAUGCAUCAGAUUGGGCUGUGUCUUACGAUGUGUGUUUGUUGAACAUGUACUACUUUUCUGCAGUUUUGAACGAAUACAUAACUUAUUUUUUAUGGAUAUUUGGUGCAUCAAGCGUGACCUUUAAAAAAAUAACCUGAGUGUUAGUUUAAAAUUUGAGAAAAAUGAGGGCAUGGUACGAACAUGCGACAUUUCUGCAGGUUUUCUGCAAAUGUUUGGGAAGCAGGGUGGAUAUAAAUCAAUGUUUUUUUAAAAAAAUAUUUUUUAAAAAAGUUUUUUUAUUUAAAUCAGAUUUUUUUCUAUUUAAAUCAAUUUUUUUUAAUUUAAAUCAGAUUUUUAAAAUAAAAUGCUUUUGGAGGAAAAAUAUUUCUACGGAUAGUUUUCUAUUUAAGUUACAUUAUUGUCCAAAGGCUGUUCAUCAGGAAAUAAGAAUUUGUUUUAAGUUUUUCAUGUGUGCUAAAACUCAGUCUAAGUUUUUUUUAUAAAAAAAAGUUUGACCACAUUAGUCAACAAACAUGCAUACAUAUGCUAUAAUGUUAUUGUUUUAGUUAAAUAGAUUGUUUAAAUUGUUAUUAAGGAAAUUAUUAUUUUUCUCCUUCUAAUAAAGUGCAGUGGAAAAGUUGUCCAAAUAUAAACAGUUACUGUGUAUACUCGAGUAUAAGCUGACCUGAAUAUAAGCAGAGGCAUCUCACUUUAGCACAAAAAACUGGGAAAACUUAUUGACUCGAGUAUAAGCCGGUUCACCAUACCACAAACUUGGUGGUGGCAUAGGUGUCAACUUUUCCCUUUUCUUGCGAGGAAUCCUAUUCGGAAUAAGGGAAUUUCCCUUAAAAAACGGGAAACGUUGACAGCUAUGGGUGGUGGCUACAGCAGCGGAGGAAGAACAAGCAGCCCAAAAGGGCUGCUUUCGGGCUGCUCGUUCCUCCGCCGCCGCCAACGGCAUAGGCAGAGAAGGAGGAAGGAGCAGGGGCUCCUUUCGGGCCCAUCGUCCCUCCGCCGCUGCCUCUGCCGCUCACAAGAGCAGGCAUGGGAGCCGCGGUUGGGACGGGCACAGCGCAGCAGCCGCCGCCCGCCACACUUGAGUAUAAGCCUAGGGGGGCUUUUUCAGCAUAAAAAAUGUGCUGAAAAAGUCAGCUUAUACUCGGAUAUACAGUGGUACCUCGGGUUAAAUAUUUAAUUCGUUCCGGAGGUCCGUUCUUAACCUGAAACUGUUCUUAACCUGAAGCACCACUUUAGCUAAUGGGGCCUCCCGCUGCUGCCACCGCCGCACAAUUUCUGUUCUCAUCCUGAAGCAAAGUUCUUAACCUGAAGCACUAUUUCUGGGUUAGCGGAGUGUGUAACCUGAAGCGUAUGUAACCUGAAGCGUAAGUAACCCGAGGUACCACUGUAUACGGUAACUUACUAAACCUCACAAUAAUUUCAUAAUGAUCGGUCUAUGUAUUUCUAACAGUAUAACCAAAUCAGUAAUUUUUGAUAUACAGUGGUACCUCGGGUUACAGACGCUUCAGGUUACAGACUCCGCUAACCCAGAAAUAGUACCUCGGGUUAAGAACUUUGCUUCAGGAUGAGAAGAGAAAUUGCACGGCGGCGGCGGCAGCAGCAGGAGGCCCCAUUAGCUAAAGUGAUACCUCAAGUUAAGAAUAGUUUCAGGUUAAGAACGGACCUCUGGAACGAAUUAAGUACGUAACCAGAGGUACCACUGUAACUGUAAAAACUACUCUGAAAAUUUAUUAUUCCCAAAAUGAAACCUUCAUCUGGUUGUAAAUAUUUGACUAGUGAUUUAAAUCAGAUCCAUCCUGUUCGGAAGAGUCUUCAAAACUGAGUUCUCCCUCCAUUGUCCCUAGCUGUACAGGGAGAUCGUCAGCACCCACAAAGUGCACCCGGUCAACUGGCACAAGAACUACGCGAUUGCCUGCGAGAGGAUGUUGCACCUUCAGCCGGAAAGGGAAGACCCGGAACUGCUGUUGUCAGAAGCCAUCAAGCACUUCCUCCUCUACACGGAGAAAGCAGCAGAUGAGCCCCAGCAAGGCAGUAUCUUGCAAGCCGUGAAACACCUGAAGAAGGAACUUCAGGGGUUGAGACAAAUGAAAAAGGGCGGGGAGACUUUUCAGCAAAGCACAAAGUGA